CCAACUGUGAACUCUAUGGUUUACAGAGCGCCGCCCAAGUGUGCGCGAGGUGACCCUACACCCGGAAGCGGAAGUGGUGAUUCACCAGGCGGUUUACAGGUCACGUAUUUCGAUCUGCGCAUCUGCGGCGUGUGGUGUGAGAGAGCAUUGUGUGCGGUUUGCGGAGCGGGACACCGAAUUCUGUGCCGUCUUUCUACUACACGAAGAUACUUCAGUCUUCCACGUUCUCGGGACAUUCUCCUUUUUAUUUCUCUUCUUGCCAUGAACCGGAACAAUAACAUGGCAAGGCCCUAUUCUCAGUCUUCUUUAGGCAGAGACACGAUGAACGUCGGUCCCAGUUCUAAGUUAGGUCAGACAGGCUCUCGUGGCUUUAUGUCCGGUCCUUCCUCCAAAAAUCUGCCAUCUAUAUUUAAUCUCGGCGGCAGAGGUCCUCCCUUACCACCUCCUCCUCCACAUAGGGAUGAACCCAAUCAGGCCAAGAUCUUGGCCAGCUUUGGUCUGUCCUCUAGGGACUUGGAUGAAUUGAGUCGCUAUCCUGAGGAGAAGAUUACUCCUGAAAGUUUACCACAACUUAUUCAGCAGAUUAAGAGGAGGAGGUCAGAAGACAUGAGCAUGUUGAGUUACAGAGAGAGAAUUCCUCGAGAGCCAUUGAGAGCAUCUAGCAGUGACUGGGAUGAUGACAUAAGACCCUUCAGAAGAGAGAGUUUUGAUCGCUCAUCUGGUCUCGACCAUGUGGUCGAUUAUGACCAUGGGAGCCGCUCUAGAGAGCCUGCUUAUCGCGAAAGACUGGAUUUAGAUGACCACAUGAGAGAUCGGGAAAGGUUUAGAGAAGACCGUUACCUAUCUGAUACUCCUCCUUUCCGUAAACUUGGCUCGGACUUUGAGCCCAUGGGCUACAGCCAACAACAAGAACGAUCUGUCUUUGAAAAGACAAGAGGAAUGCCAUCUAUUAGAAAUGUUGAUGAUUUCCAUGGACUAUUGCCAAAAGAAUUCCCCCAUCUCUGUUCCCUCUGUGACAUCCCAAUACAUGCUAAGAAGGGCUGGCAUGAGCAUAUUAAUGGCCCAACUCAUAGAAGACAUCGUAUGCUGCUGCUCGAAGUAUAUCCAGAGUGGCGUGGACAUGGAAUGGGGGAGAAUUUCAUGCUGCAGCAGUCUACGAAUCAUGCACCAGGAAUAUUGGGACCACCGCCGCCAAAAUCCUUAUUGUCUAUGGGGGGCGCACCUGAUGGAAGACAUGGACCCCCAAGGCCUCACCUAGGAAUGGAAGAUCUUGGCCCAAGACGUGGUCCGAAUAGAAUGGGAGGCGGAAGAGUUGUUCAUAUCAUAAACUUUGAGCGUGGCCGGAAUCUGAAGAACCAGCUUCUCAGACUUGCAGAACCUUUUGGGGAAAUCACCAAUUAUCUGAUCUUGAACAAAAUGAAUGAGGCAUUCAUUGAGAUGUCCAAUGCAAAUGAUGCUAUGGCUGUAGUUGAUUAUUACAGUACAAGUCAAGCCAUUGUUAUGGGAAAGCCUGUCCGCGUCCACUUGUCUCAAAAGUAUAAACGUAUUAAGAAAUUAGAACAGAAGCCUGACACACAAUCUGAUCAGAAAAAGACAGAACCCGGCCGCGUUGUUCAUCUUAGUAGACUACCCAGUUAUGGCUACAAAGAUGCUGCACUCCUUAAGCUUGCCGAGAACUUCGGGAAAGUGAAGACCUAUAUUCUGAUGAGAGUCAGAAACCAGGCUUUUAUUGAAAUGGAGAAGGCGGAAGAUGCUCAGAACAUGGUAAAGCAGUGUGAGAUAGUCCCUCUGGUGUUCCACGAAAGAACUUUGAAAGUUGACCUGUCGGAAAGAUACAAGAAGCUUGUUUUAAGGAUCCCAAACAAACUUAUUGACCAGAAAGAAAAGAACCGGAAGAGGGGUCAUUCUCCAGAUGUCAAAGAGGGUGUCAAGGGGAAGCAGAAAAAGACCGAGGGUGCGGAGGAGACAACCGGUGAUGAAGAUCAGGCUGGAGACGUCACCACCGAUGACACCGUUCACACCUCGGAGGAGACAGAUCAGAAAGACUUGGUGUCCGAUUCAUGUGAACCUGAGCUUGUUGAGGAGGAAGAGGAGGAACCCGAGGAGGUUGAUGAGGAGGAAGCUGCAGCUCGUCUGGAAACCAAUAGCUCUGUGGCAGACGAUGAAGAACAAGAUGUAUCUGGGAUGGAAGAAAAAGAUGCAGAAGACGAAGACCAAACUGAGGCACAGGAACCGGAACCUUCUGAUCCUUCUGACGAUGUAGCUGAGGAGAAAUUGAAGAGAGAAUCCAAGUUUUCUGGGAACAUAGAUGACUUUGUCACGCUGGAUGAGGUCGGUGAUGAAGAGGAUACAGAUAAGGUGAAAGCCGCUGUUGUUGGGAAGCCGGCAGGUAAAAGAUACAGCAGUUCAUUCAUGGCCAGCACAAGUGCGGAAGAAGCGGAGAUGGAAAAUUAUGCAGAGCCGGAAGAUAGGGAGACCUGCAAACCAGCCGCGAAAUCCGAGAGUGCUCCGGCCCAAGAAAGCACAGCGGAAACCAGCACCAUCCCAGAACUGGCGAAGGAUUAUGAUCUGCCCCUGUUUGAACCCAACAGGCCUAUUGGAGUCGGCUUUGUGGUACCCAAGACCGGCUUCUACUGCAAGCUGUGUUCAUUGUUCUACACCAAUGAAGAGGUGGCAAAGGUUACCCAUUGCAGUACCUUACCCCACUACCAGAAACUGAAGAAACUUCGCAACAAGAUGUCGGCGAGUCCAGCGAAGAAAAACUAAAAGCCGCACGAAAACGCACACACACAAAAUACUUGUUUAAUUUGUUCUGUUUAGUUUGCGACAUGAAAAAGCCGAGGCUUUAUAUGACGGCCUGCCAGGUAAAUAGUAUCUGGGCAGCAAUGUCAUUUUGGUCUUUGACCUGUAGUCGGUUUACACAUCCUAAACGCUGCUCUAUUUAAGGGAGGGCAGCCUCUUCCUAGACUCCUCAUCUGACCGCUACGUGGCUUUGGCGAGAUCUUGACGUUGUUGCCCAGCGGGGUGUUAGGCCCUGGCAUUCUCGUCAUGCGGCGUUGGCUAAAUGUUUCUAUGUUUUUAAUAGACUUUAACUGCGAUUUCUGUGACUUUAUUUUAUUUUAUUUUUCUCCUGAAUUUUUGUUUUAAAGACCAAUAGAUGUUUUUUUUUUGAUUGUUUAAUCAGUAUAUAACAAAGCUGUCAAUUCUUAUUCUUACUGGAAAACCAAAAAGGGUCGUCCAUAUGUCACCCACUCUCCAAACCACUGUUUCCCAACCAGGGUGCCUGCAGCUGUUGCAAAACUUCAACUCCCAGCAUG